CCUGAUAUAGGUAAUAUGAGUGAUAUUGAGAAGUGCAAUUUAUACACAUUCAAUUCAACAGAUCCUUUUCAUAUUGGAAAUACAUAUGGAGGUCUUCCUACUAAUCUGGUUACAAACCUCAUUGGCUGGACAUUCCUGAUGUUGCUGUUUGUAAUGGUACGGAAAUCUGCUUAUAAAUAUAUUAAGCUGAAGAGACUGGAGAGGAUGUCCUCGGAAUUAAACUUUAUGAACAAAAUAGCACAACUUUUCCACAGUGGGAACACAAAUGCUGAACUAGUUGACAACAAAGAAGUUCAACCUGAAAUGAAUAGUUCAGUUACAGAGAGUGGAGAACCACCUGAUAAUGUUAAUCAUGUACCUGAUGAUAUUGAUGUACCUGACAUUGUCCAGCAUCUUGAUCCUAAUGAAGAUAGUAGAAACCUCACUGAUGAUAGAAUCAGCAGAUCUUUCAGUUUAGAGGAAGAAGACGGAUUUUGGAGUUGGUUUGUUAAGAUAUUUACAAUGUCCGACAGAAAAUUAGAAUCUUUAGUUGGUGAUGAUGCUGUUCAAUAUCUCAGAUUUCAGAGGUAUAUCAUUGGGUACAUGUUCAUUACAACUACACUGUCUGUUUGUGUUAUCCUUCCAUUAAACUUUCAAGGAGAUCUACAGGGAAAUACAACAGACUUCGGUCAUACAACCCUCAGCAACCUGGAUCCAGCUUCCCCUUUCCUCUGGGUUCAUAUAACUAUAGCGUUUCUACUGUUCCCUAUUGCAAUCUUCACUAUGCGAAAAUUUUCAACUGGUCUUAAGUUUCGGGAUCCUGGUUUAGAAAUCACACCAACCAUUUGCAUCGAGAACAUUCCUCUGAAUAUGUGCACGGAAGAGCUCAUCAGAAGACACAUGAAAGAAGCCUAUCCCAGGAUUGAGUUGUAUGAUGUGAAGAUAGUUUAUGAUGUCACAAAGCUGACCAAGGCCCAUAAUGAACUGUUGGAUGCUCUCUCCUGUUACGAGUAUGGUGUCAAGUAUAAGGAUAAGCAUGAUAGGGGGCUUAGUAUGUACCCACACUGCUGCUCCAGACUAUGUUGCUGUUUUUGCUCUCCUUGUAGCACAGCAGUAGAUGUUGUAGAGUUCUAUGGAGAUCAAAUUACUGAACUUCAAUCUAAUGUGAUCAAGCUUAAAGAAAUGUCAUUGCAUUCACCUUUAGGUAUGGCCUUUGUGACUUUUAAUUCUGUGAAUGGUGCGAAGUAUGUUUAUGAAGACCAUGAACCUUCUAUUUUAAGCCGAUAUAAUAAGAAAUCUGCAAUCUCUUCACUCAGUUCCAGCAUAAAAUCUAAUGAUUGGAAGGUUUGGUUUGCACCGCCUCCUAGAGAUAUUUAUUGGGAACACCUCUCAGAUAAACGGCAGUGGUUGCUUCUGAAAUGGCUUUUAUCUAAUAUAAUUCUCUUCUGUGUCACCUUUUUCCUCACUACACCAGAAUAUGCUGUCAGUCAGUUUGAUACUAUUCUAAUAGCACUUUUUGGACCUACCAUGGAUUUCCAGGGAAGUACCGGAGGUUCCUGGAUUAAGGACUUUAUUCCUACAGUUAUGCUCUGGAGCUUUACUGCCCUUCUUCCACUUCUUGUGUCAUACUCGGAUCGAUGGCUGGGAAGAUGGACUAGAUCUGAGGAAAACCAUUCUGUUAUGCGGAAAACUUUCUGGUAUCUUCUGUUCAUGGUCAUAAUCCUUCCCACUUUUGGAUUCACCACAGGAAAAGCAUAUUUUAAUUUUCUCUUCCAGAACAACACAGAUACAUACAAAUGGGAAUGCAUAUUUCUGCCCGACUCUGGGGCCUUCUUUGUUAACUAUGUGAUCACUGCAGCUCUUAUAGGCUCUGCAUUAGAACUUAUUAGGUUUCCCGAAAUGUUCUGGUACAUGGUUCAACUCUGUUUCUCAAGAAGUAAAGCUGAAACUCCAGCUAUACAGAGAGCAGUCACUUAUGAAUUCAGGUUUGGAGAACAAUAUGCAAGAAUGCUAUUAAUAUUUGCGAUGGUUAUGAUGUACUCACUCUCCUGUCCUCUCAUCACACCAUUCGGUUGUCUUUACUUUCUACUUAAACACUUUGCAGACCGACAUAAUUUAGCCUUUGUUUACGCUCCUAGCAAGAUAAACAAAAAGGUUCACGCUUCAGCAAUUAAUUUUGUUAUAAUGAGUGUUGGUCUUCUUCAGUUCUUUAUGGUUAUAUUCUCUAUUCUCAGAUCUGGUGACUUCUCGAACAUAACUCCGAGAACGAAAUAUGCUUUGGUUCUCUUUGUGAUCACAAUUAAUAUAUUUACUGCACAGAUCUGGUCAAACUUCUGCAGAAAGCUCUCUCCUAUCAAGUAAUGCAAAAAGGGGGUAGGGGGGCACA